AUGGAGGAUGAUGGCACAGGUUCCGAAUCCACGAAAGCAAAUUUUCUCUCUCCUCUCUAUCGUGAAUUACCAUUGGAAAUAAUCAAGGAAUGUUUUUCAUUCCUAGAUAUGAUUGAAAUUGUACUUUCCAUUGGAUUUGUUUGUUCGGAGUGGAGGAACACUUUUGCUUGGCCGUUAAUUUCUCAUCACAUGAAGGAGUGUUGGCUUUAUGAUUGUAUUCAUGAUGAUGCGAAUGAACAGGUUAAUUCUUUUGAUGAUUUGUUCGGAAAGAGGCUGGGAAGAAAUUGUCUUCGUUACAUGAUGAGAAAUUUUGUAUUUAAUUUGGCUCAACAAGUGAUGCGGAAACAUGAUGCUAGUGAGAAGGGAAUUUUCAAAUUGGAUAGUAGAGAUUAUUUGGAAUAUUCUCAGUUAUUGAAAUUGUACUUUUCAAAAUUUAAUAUUCCUUUCACGUUGAUUUCUCAAGCCAAGUAUCAAAGAAGUGAGAUAUUGGGCCUUGAAUGUAAUGAUCCAACAGUUCAAUCAAUAAGAAUAAGUAAGAAGAAGAACCCAAAGUAUGAGAAGAAUCUCUUUACACAUAAGGCUUUGAUUUUGGGAAAACAAAAAACUGGAAAAACUAAUUUCUUGAAUUCAUUCUCUGAAGUGCCCUUUAGUGAUAAUCCUCCAUAUGAGGAACAUUCUUUCAAAACAAAGUUUUUGAAUUUUGGUGAAAUGUUUCGUGUGAAGAGUCAAAUUUGGGAAUGGAAUGAUAAGAUAUUUUACUAUUGUCCUCAAUUAUUUGAUCCUCUGAGUGCUAUAUUCAUUACUUUUGAUAUUACAAAUAGGUCAUCAUUUGAUUCUAUCAUUCAGGGAUUAUUAGCUUACAGAGAUAACAGAAAAAAGUAUGCAGAAGUUGUCGUUAUUGGAUUAAAAUCAGAUUUGAGAGAUUCCAACUCUGUCACACGACAAGAAGUCGAACGUGUACUCAUACAGCAACUUUUAUUUGAGGGAUCCUACUACAUUGAAGUGAGCUCCAAAUAUCGAACCAAUAUUGAUUCAGCCAUGUGGUUUACCUCCCUCUUAGUUAGUUCAAUUCAUUUAUUCACAAAUAUCCCACCACCAACAAGCAGUGCUCCUUAA